AUGCAGAGGUUAAUCCGCCGUACGACUCUGGCCAAGAACCAGGCAGCUCGCAAGGCGCGGAUUCAGGAGAAAAAAGAACGCCGCCUCGACUUCAUGGACUCUCUGCGAGAACGGACUGCGUUGAACCGCACUACGAUUGAUAACAUCCGCGAGGAGAAAGCCAGACGGCGAGAAGAUUGGUUCAAGGGCCCUCUUGCCCCAAAUCGCGACUCUGGUCUCACAGCCGGUGCCUAUGGAACGAUUACGCCGCAAGAUCGGGUUUUGCCCACGGUUCCCAAGCAUCUCCGAAGACGGUUCGUCAACAUUGCCCAGGGCGAUCGAGUCUGCCUUUUGAAAGGCCCCGAUGCAGGCCGAAUCUGUGAGGUUUCGUCAGUCGAUAUUGAGAGAGAAAGUCUCACUGUCCAGCAUUUCAAUACGGUGGAUGUCCGUUAUCCUGCAUGGGCGAAUCAAGCUGACGGCAGCCAAGAUCCGUUUCUUCCGCAAGAGAUGCCCAUUUCAAUCGACGAUGUCCGUCUAGUAGUUACCUUAGAAGAUCAGGGCCGGCAAUACGAGGUAAUUGCCAAACACGUCUACGGAGGAGGGCCAUACCUGAAACGAUCAAACGCACAAACUCCACGACACACAAGAUACAUUACCGGCGAAAAUAUACGCAUACCAUGGCCGGAGGAAACCAAAGUCGACAAUGCAGUCGACGAAGACGGAGACACUUCGCGCAAGGAGGUGGAAUACGAGACAUGGAAACCAUCCAUCCAGCAGCCUCCGUUCAGUCAGUUCAUUCUAGAUGAACUCAGGAACAAGUUCUCCAAGUACCGAACGCGACAUGAUCCAAUGUGGCUUGAGAAUCGCAAACUAGAGGAUCUCCGUGAGGAGUACCGCAAAUCGAGGAAGUUGUUAACACCGCGUGGAGAGCACAGGGAAAGGCUCGCUAAACAAAAGGAAGUCAUGAGGCAGUCGAAGUUGGAUGAGAAUGGAAACUAUAUUAUGGACGCGACUACGUCUGAGUUUAUUGCCCAAUUCAUCGGUCGACAAGGCGGCUCUGCCGCUUCGCAAAAAGCUGAAGCCAAGCAGUGA